GAUCUUGCCUAAUUGAAGAAACACACCGAGAAAACCGAAGGCAUUAAUUGUGGUUCUAUUUGAUGGUAUUAAUUGCGGUUCUAUUUGAUGGUAGCUGGCGUACUUACAUUGUAUCGUCAAUCGUACAGUAGAUUUCUUAACAAUGAUGUGAUUAAGAGUGAAGAAAGAUUUUAUUGACGGAUUGAUAUUCUUAACAAAAUGACGAUUAUUCAACUUUGAAACACCUUCUGGUGGAGUGAUGUCAUGAAGGGGAAUUUUAUAUCGUCUGUAGUUACACCACUACUAUGGACGAUACUAUCAACAUGUUCGACUACACUGGGUACCAGUCCAAUUAUUCAAACCAACAAGGGAUUUGUUCGAGGCAAACGACUCAAUCCUUAUCAUGGAAAACAAGUAGAUGCAUUCUAUGGAAUUCCCUAUGCAAAACCACCUGUCGGUGAGCUUCGUUUUCGCCACCCAUUACCCGCAGAUGAAUGGCCUGACGUGUUCGAUGCUACUCAUCUCCCCAAAUCAUGCAUUUAUUUGAACGAUUCUAUGUUUAAAAAUUUCAAAGGGGCUCAAAUGUGGAAUCCUAAUACUCCAGUCGACGAAGAUUGUUUAUAUCUAAAUGUAUGGGUACCUCGGACAAAUUCUCCAUUUACAAAUAAAGCUGUAAUGAUAUGGAUUUAUGGUGGUUCCUACAGUUACGGAUCAUCAGCCUUAGAUGUAUAUAAUGCAAAAUAUUUAGCUGCCGAAAACGACAUUAUUGUUGUAUCUAUGCAAUAUCGUUUAGGUUCUCUGGGAUUUUUGUCGUUUGGUGAUUCGGAGGCUCCUGGGAAUGCUGGAUUGUUUGAUCAGUUAGCAGCCAUUGAAUGGGUCCAAACAAAUAUACACAAUUUUGGAGGUAAUAGUCAUAAUGUGACAUUAUUUGGAGAAAGUGUUGGUUCCGCGUCAGUUGGAAUACAUAUGCUUUCACCUCUAAGUAGAGGCAAGUUUCAGAGAGCAAUUUUACAAAGUGGGGCACCUCAAGCGACUUGGGCUACAGUUACUAAAAAGGAAGCUUUUCGCCGAUCAACAGAACUAGCAAAAGUUUUCAAUUGUUCCCGAAAAGAUGUGAAGAUGACGUUGAAAUGUUUGCGAGAAAAAGAAGGUUCAGAAUUUCCAGUUAAAGAUUUUUCUCAUACAAUAGCUUAUGGCAUUAAUCAGUUCCCAUUUGUAGCUGUUAUAGAUGGUGUUUUAAUUCCCGAAUCACCAAAAAUGGCAUUUAAUAAUCUUCAUUUUAAGAAAACGCCAAUACUUAUUGGCACAAACAUAAACGAAGGGAAUUAUUUCCUUGUGUAUGAUAACCCAGAUUAUUUUCCACUAAACUUUUCAGAUAGUUUAAACUUAAGCCGAUCUCAGUUUCUCGACUGUAUUCGUCACUUUUUCCAGUAUUAUCCACAGUAUCCAAAAAAGCUUAAUUCAUUUGGGGAAGAGGCAAUUAAAUUUCAAUAUACACCGUGGAAAAAUCCUUAUGACCAACAUUUAAAUGCACUAUCGGUAGAUCAAGCAUUUGGCGAUAUGAAUUUCGUUUGCCCAACUAUAGACUUUGCUGACCGAUAUGCAUUGGCAGGUGUUCCAGUCUAUCAAUAUCGAUUUGAACAUAGAUCAACAGCACAUUUUUGGCCGAAGUGGAUGGGAGUUUUACAUGGGGAUGAAAUAAACUUUGUUUUUGGAGAACCUUUGGAUCCCACAAAAAAUUACACUCACAUUGAGAAGAAGUUUAGCAAAAAGCUAAUGAAAUAUUGGACUAAUUUUGCAAAAACUGGGGAUCCAAACAAAGAGCAGGUAAACGGUGAAAUAAUGAUGUUAGAUGAAUGGCCAGUUUAUACAAUAGAAGAACGUAAAUACCUCAGACUUACUCCUAACAUUGUGCAUGACCAUGAACAAAGGAAUGCGAUAGGAAUUGGACCUAAAAUUCAAGACUGUGCGUUCUGGAAUGAGUACUUACCAAAUUUAGUUAAGGAAACGGAUGAAAAAUGUGAAAAAUGUAGUGAUCCAUCUAGUACAUCUCCUUACAGCAAUGGAUCGGCAGGUACUCAAAACUUCAUGGCAACAAUAUUUCUUACACUCUUGUUACAUUUAUGUCUGACAUAAGGAGCUCAACAUCAACAGAAUGAUUAUUCAGCAGACGGACUCUAUGUCAGUGACAGAUGCAUAUACCUAGUGAGAAUGGAGACGACAUUUAAUGCAGAAAAAUAAGAAUUAAGGAAUACAGGUAUUGUUUUCAAAGGAAAAGAGAGAAGAUACUAGAUUUCUGAACUGUAAAUAAACUGAUUCAUGUUGUGAUAACCUUUCUUUGUAGGGUAAACAGGAUUUCAUUUUCCAAUAAUUUGGGAAAUGAGUUAUACUUCUUUUUUCUAUUGUAAAGUGUAUACUAUACAAACAAGGUAUAAAUCUUCUGUUAAAACUUUUUAAUACCUGCAACAUACGUGGAUUUUUGUUUUUGUUUGUUGUUGCAAUACUAAAGGAACCUCAGGGGGCCACUUCCUAUAUACAGGGUGAUAGGUUGUGCCGCUGGAAAUAGGUCGCUUUUUCCAGCAUGAAAAUAUGCGAUACAUGGGAAAAACUAUCAAAAAUAUAUGAUAAGGUCAAUAAAGUUCCUAUUACUUAUAUGAAAGGCCCUGUCACAGCAGAAGUCUCGCCAUAAGUAAACAUUACAUAAGGAAUCUGAGCUCCUAGCAAAGGUGAUAUUUUCUCGAUUUCACGAAACCCAACCAAUAUGGGAAAGUUGACAUUUUUACCUUCGCAAUAUAUGAAAAGGUAUACAUUUUUAAAAUCUAAAUUAUAUGAAAAGGGUGGGGUAAGAGAACCCCAGAGAUAUCCCUAUCAAUUAAGUAUUGAAGAAGCCCCCCCCCUCCCCUCCCCUCCCCCGGAGAAAAGAACAAACUGUUAACCAUGUUUUGUAGGUAUCAAAAUAUUAUCUCACAUUUUGAUUUUUUUUUUACAUCAAGAUGAAUAAGGGUUGUCAUUUUGUCAUUUGUUUGUGCCCCCUGUGCAUAUUGGUCCUGCAUAUUUCAAUAAAAUUCAAGAAAGGUGUUGAAUUGUACAAAAUGAACAGAACUUUGAACCUUGAAUCAAAGAUCAAUCCAUAUUGUGUGUAUCUGUACCUCUUCAGCCCUUUCAAUAAUCAGGAAAUCAAAAUUCAACAUUAAAUUUUCAGAGGUUGUAGAAUAAUAGUAUUAUUCAAUAAUUUCAUUUGACUUGAUAUUCAGAAAAUAACUAUUAAAAUGCUUCUUGCAGUUUCUUUAAAAGCGAAACUAAUCCACUUAAAAUUUCUGAGAAUUUGGGCUUGACCCAAAUGACUAAUAUAAUAAUUCCACAAACACUAUGCUUUCCACUCACUGGUAUUUUGCAAAGUCAAAGUAUGACACCAUGAAUAAAAAAAAAGUCCCAAGUUCAAUGAUACUUCCAAAUACUACUAAAAAAACAUCUUGGGAUUUUUUUACUACAAAAAUUGUUUAACAUUGCAAUUACCUACUGUGGAUUCAUUUUUUUUUCUUCAAAAAUUGGUAUCCCAUGAAUAAUAAUGAAUCCACUGUAUAAGGCACUAUGAUUUUGUAUAAAGAAUGUUUCACUAAAACUCACCUCUACAUGUUUUGCUGUGUUUACAAGAUUUACCAUGUAUACACUGUUCCUUUGACUGGCUAUAUAAUUCUUUCCAUAAUUUCUCUGCAAAUUACAACAUACAUACUUAAAAUAUAGACUUGAUUUACAUGCAGUUACAGAACUGUUUCAAUAAGAAUUAUUCUGACAAGAAAUGUGCAUAUAUGAUAAUUUGGGGUUUACCUGGCUUUGCAGGGGUGAUACAUGAUUUUUCAAUUUUUACACCCUUAAACAAUCAACAAUAUAAAAGCAAUAGUCCCUGUAGAUAUAUCUGUUUUAAUGUAUUCUGUAUAGUAGUAUACAUUUCUAGAUAUUCAUUUUAGUCUAUACAUUGUACAAAUACAAAUGAAUGGUUGUGAAAUUUAAUCAUGUUUACAUUAAUACUUGUUUUUUUUUGUCAUAAUUAUGCUGUACACAUGUUUUAUUCACUCUGUACCCUACUUGUAAGAGAAAAAAAGGCAACAAGUACUAUGAAUUCAUUUAUUUUCGUGGAUACCAAUUUUCAUGGAUUGAGAAAAAAAUUGUAUUUUCGUGAAUAUUGGAUUUCAUGGUUUUUUCAAAGUUUGCAUACAAGCCUAUAGAAAAUUUAUACUUUGUUGAACAUCUAAAUUUGUGGUAAACCUUUACCAAUGAAAUCUACAAAAUCGGUAUCCAACUAAUAAUAAUGAACCCACAGUAUAAUGCUUGUCCAAGGUAAAGAAAGAGUUUCUUGUGAGUUUUAUUAACUAAUAUGUUCGUAACAUAAUUUUGUAUUUCAUUGACAUUUAAUUCUGUUACAUUCUGAUACUAGUUACAUCUAUUCCACAGGACUAGUAGUGGUUUGCUUCAAAGCUGAAUUAUGGUUAGACAGCUUAUUCUCUGUUAAUUUACAUGUAAUAUUUGGUUACAGUAUUUUGCCUUCUAACUUCUUUAAUUGAAUUUGGUUAUGAAGCUUUGAAUGCCUGUACAAGCCAAUAAUUUAUAUAAAUAUAUAUAUUUCAUCUGAAAUUUAGCCCAACAAUGUUAUAUCUGCAAAUUUGCUCUAGCAAAUUUUUGUCUUUCUCUCAGCAGGAUUCGAACCAAUGCUUCGCUGACAUUCUGGCAUACACCCCUCUGCUGUAUCCAGCACCAUAGAGUAAACCAUUCAACUAACUAGGCUAUAUAUAUAUUUGUUGUCUGUACCCUUUCCAAAACAGGAUUUACAUCUCCUUCUAUAGCAUAAGUGUGAAUACAUCUACUGUAAAUUCAGAAAUUUUUGAAAUGUUUUUAUUAUUGUAAAAUUUGCGAGGAGACAGGUGUCACAAAAAUAAAAACUCGCAUUUCCAAUUUUGAUAGCAUUAUUUGUUUGCAGUAUUUUCUGAAAAUGCAAUAAUCAAUAUCGCAUUUGUUGUCGACUGCUAAAUAAUUGCAAUAUUACAUGUAUGCAAUAAUUUCUGAAUUUUACAGUACUUGAUCUGCAGCUGGGAAAUGUUUUUUGCAGGUUUUAACACUUAAUUCAUUCAAGUGUUUAGUGAAGUUGCACACAUUACCAGUAUGUUCUAUAUAUUUUACAAGAUUCUUCAAUUACAACCAGAUUCUUCAAAUGGCCUUCAAAAUGAUCAAAUGACUAUCGUACACCAAUGUACUCAUCAUUUUUCAAUCCUUGUUAUAGAUAAUCAUUGACAGAUCACAUAAAAAUUCUAUUAUCACAAAGUGCUUUUGUUUUACCCCAGCUUUACAGUUUACUUUGAUCAAUAGUUCUUUUGUUAUCUAAUACACUAAUUGAGAGGUAAAAUGAGGAAUAUGGUUAAACUAGAACAAAUAUUUACAAUCUUUUCAAUAUUUGUCUGUUUGUAGCAUGCAACAUUGAUAAUAGAAUAUCUUAAAGAUUCAACUGAACAUUUUUUCUCAUGUCAUUAUGUCAUUUGAGCUGCUUUUGCAUCUCCGAAUUUUGGGCCUCACAGUUGUUUUGAUUGAGACGGUCUGCCCAAUUUUAGUACUUUUUGAAAUACAGAUACCAAAUUUUUCUUCCAUAAUAUGUAUAGAAAAUGCUUGUAUCUGAUUUGAUCCUCACAGGAAUAAAGAACCAAUAUUACAGUAAUAUUCUUAAUUUGUCUCAUAGGAGUUACCGAAAUAUCUAAUUUUUAUCUUACUGCAAUAGAUCAAAAGUGAAAUUUUGCUUUUGAUGCACAUUUCUUGAGUUAAUGUUUUUGAAAACUAAGGCAAAGUGAAAAUCAUCAAAAUCUAACAUAACCUCCAUUUUGUAAUGAGAAAAAAAACAGAAUUAUUUUAUUGUUUAUUGUCUUUUAAAGCUGAAAUGAAAUUCAAUGAAUUUUUUAAAACAUUCCAGAAACCUUCAAAUUCCAUUAAAGAUAUCUUCGUGUGAAUCUUAUAGUGUUAUAAGUCCACUUUUGUUAAAAAUGGAGAUAGCUAUAUAUCUGAGAUCCAAGUGCAAUGGUCUAUCUCCCUAUACAACUAUAAUACGAGAUUUCUACACUCUAAGAGUUUUUGUCAUAACUACACUGUUCUAUCUCCACACUCCCAUUGGAUUAUAAUGGCUUAUAAGCAGCUUAUUCAUCCAGUCAGUUCCAUACCUGUCAACCUAUGACAAUGAAAAUGCAGGUCAUGACCUGUAUAGAAGAAUGAAAUCUCAGGUCAUAACGCAUACGAACUUUUUCGAGCUGAAUUUCAGUAUUUAGUGGACAUUUUUCUUAUAAUUUAUAUCAAAGUUUCCAAAACAUGUCCACAUGGUUAAGUAAUUUAAAAUUGUACAUUUAAUGAUUUCAUUGCACUUAAAGGCCAGAUAGAUUUGUGUUACAUUGCCUUAAUUUCUUUUCAUAUUCAUUCCAUAACAUACAUUUCCAUGACAUACAUUGUGCCAACUUGUGAUUUCUUCACAUACAUUUGUACAGCUUUUAACCAAUUGAACAUGUCAACAACAAAUGGAUGUUUUUAACAACCUUGACUGGCUAUACAGCCCUUGCAAGGUUGGUACAGAACAUGUCAAAAGUUGAUAUUAGAGUAUAAUAAAAUAAAGUUAAACAAUUAAAGGAGGUAUAGAUGAAAAAAGUAAUUUUCAAAAUUUUUAUUUUUUAAUUGUUCUGAGGUAGAACUAGAGGCUCUCAAGAGCCUAUGUCGCUCACCUGUAUUUACUGAUGCUUUGGAAAUCAUGUAAAAUAAGGUUAAAAUCAUAAUUAAUAGUAUUAGAUAAUAGAUAUUAUAAUGAUAUCUAAGAUAAUAACAAAAAAAUGCAAAAUUUUUGUAAAAUUACUAACUCAGGGGCAGCAACCCAACAACGGGUUGUCGGAUUCGUCUGAAAAUUUCAGGGCAGAUAAAUCUAAAUCUGAUGAACAUUUUUGCCACCUGUCAGAUUUGCUCUAAAUGCUUUAGUUUCAGAGAUAUAAACCAAAAACUUCAUUUUUAACCAAGUCGGCCAUGAUGGUUGGAAGGCGGGGUCAUCGGACAAAAUUUUUAAACUAGAUACCCUAAUAAUGAUUUGGCCAAGUAUGGUUAAAUUUGUCUCAGUAGUUUCAGAGAAGAAGAUUUUUGUAAAAGAUUACAAAAAUUUACAAAAAAUUGUUAAAAAUUGACUAUUAAGGGCAAUAACUCCUUAAGGGGUCGACUGACAAUUUUGGUCAUGGCAACUUAUUUGUAGAUCUUACUUUGCUGAACAUUAUUGCUGUUUACAGUUUAUCUCUAUCUAUAAUAAUAUUCAAGAUAAUAACCAAAAACUGCAAAAUUUCCUUAAAAUUACCAAUUCAGGGGCAGCAACCCAACAACGGGUUGUCAGAUUUGUCUGAAAAUUUCAGGGCAGAUAGAUCUUGACCUGAUUAUCAGUUUUACCCUAUGUCAGAUUUACUCUAAAUGCUUUGGUUUCAGAGAUAUAAGCCAAAAUCUACAUUUUACCCCUAUGUUCUAUUUUUAGCCAUGGCGGCCAUCUUGGUUGGUUGGCGGGGUCAUCGAACAAAUUUUUAAAACUAGAUACCCUAAUGAUGAUUGUGGCCAAGUUUGGUUAAAUUUGGCCCAGUGGUUUCAGAGGAGAAGAUUAUUGUAAAAAGCUAACGACGACGACGACGACGCUGACGGACGACGGACGCCAAGUGAUGAGAAAAGCUCACUUGGCCCUUCGGGCCAGGUGAGCUAAAAAUAAGUAAAAGCAUUAUUCUGAUAUGUUUUUGCAUUCAAUUCAUUUUAGAUUUAAUCUUUUUACAAAAAAAAACAUAAGUUUAAGGAGUAUAUUGUGAAUUGACAAAAAAGGGGAAGUAACUCAACUUGUUUUUAAAACAACUUUGAAAUACACAAAUUAUUUACAACCUAAAGCUAAGGUAAUUGGUGUUAAUUAACAGUGUGCUUGACACCAAAGCUGUCAAGUGAAGCCAUGCACUGAAAUGGGUCACUUGAUUUGAGUUUACACAGCUAGUUGAACUUCUUGUCCAGGAAGAAUUACGAAUUUGCUGGUAUUUCAUAGGAAAAUCACUUUAUAUGAAAUCAGUCUGAAGGCUUAGGAAUCCGGGUGAAAACAGGUUAUUUUCCGAAUUCCCGGUUAUUUGGCCACCCGGUGGGUGUCCCGGGUGACCCCGUAGAAUUGUGAAAAUCUCGGGUCACACCUGCAGGAUCCCGGUCAGUUGACAGGUAUGCAGUUCAGAUAAAAGUAUUUUUAUAAUGUUGUAUCUCAACUAUUUCUCAUGUAUUUUUGCUGUUAAAUAAUUGUUAUCAAAAUUAUCUCAGUAGUACGAUGAUUAAAUGGUUUGCAUGGUUUGAACUCAAUCUAUGAGCAAUUCUUAGCAAAUCCAGCGGUACAGAAUUGGGGAUAUUACACAGGUAAAAAAUCCAUAGUCUAUCUCCAAUGGUAAUCUAGGGAUUAAUUUCUAAAAUUACAUUGUUUGUAAUGAAAUGUUCUAUCUCCAAAAAAGAGGAUGCUUUAUUUAUAAGUUGCUUGUCUAUCAAAAAAACAAUCAAAUAAAGAGUUACUCUUCAUGUACGUACAUUAGAUUCCUAUAUAACUUUUUAUGUCUCAGUCAAAUAUCUAUGAUACUGCGCUUUUAAACUUUAAUUCAAAUAUUUACCACUAUUACCAAAUGGGAAAUACAUCAUUAAAAGAUUUACACGACAAUAUAUUGAUCAAAAUAUGAAUCUAAUCAUAGCAUGCUGGACAAUGUAUUUUCUAAUAGAAAGUUCUAAAAUGAUCUUAAAGAAAUCAUCAGUCAAAAAGCAAGCAUCAGUUUGUUACUUUAGGAUAAACCAGAAAAUCAGUUUUAUCCUGCACUAACAUAUAGUAUGUCUUCAAUUUUAAAGACUAUACCAUAUGGUUUGAAGACUUAAUAAAAGAACAGAGUUCCAAUGUCCUCCGUGUUGCACAUAUUUUAUCUGUCCAUAGGCAAUAACUAAAAAAAUUUUUUUAUAAAUAUCUUAGAGAAAUGAAGGCUUGAGAGCUAAUGCAAUGAAAUUUCCAAUACAAAUCAAUAUUUCCAAGGGGUGCAACUCUUUUUAAAAUAUUUGAUUGGAACUGAUUUUUCGAAUUUGUCAGAGACAUUGCUGAUAUAAACCUUUGAUAUAAAUUUGAUAAAAAUCUGGCAAAAAUUGUACAUGUGAGAGCUUACAAUGCAAUUUUCCAUAAAAAUAAAUAUUUCCAAGGGACAUAACUCUUUUAAAAAUAAUUGAAUGCCACUGAUUUUUUAAGUAUCAAAGACAUUGUUGAUAUAAAACGAUGAUAUAAGUUUCAUAAGAAUCUGGCAAGAAUUGUACACAUACGAGCACUAACAAUGCAAUUUUCCAUAUAAUUAAUAUUUCCAAGGGUCAUAACUCUUUUAAUAAUAGUUGAUAGUCACUGAUUUUUCAAACUUGUAUAAGACAUUGCUGAUACACGUAUAAACCUAUGAUAUAAGUUUUAUAAAAAUCUGGCCAGAAUUGUACACAAGAGCGAUUACAAGACUGGAUGAACAGACAUGUCACAUGGGGGACAAAAAAAAGAUGACAGGUACAUCUAUACGGGCUGGUUUUCUACUGUGACACAGAGUAAUAUUUUAGUUAUUGAUGUGCAUUUCUUAAAUAUCAACUUAAAUUUUUUUAUCCUUACAAAUAAAGAUUCAAAUAUGGUAGGCAUAUUUUGAAAGAAGUUAAUGUUGUGAAUUUUUUGUAUAUACAUAAUAGUUAAUUUGUAUUGUAACAAAACAUUUGUGACUACAUUCCCAUAAAUUUUGGGAAAAUUUACCUGUACAAUACUGACAUUUUUUUUUAAUCUAUUGAUUUUUGUUGUAUGUAAAAUAGCGUAGAGACACACUCUAGACAUAUAUGUAUAUAUUGUUUAAUACAUUUUACACAUUUGUAAUUUUAUAAGAAUAUUUAUAGUUUACUAUUAUGUUCAUAUACUGUAAAAUAUUUUUGCUGUGUAUGAUAUAUGUAUUUUUAGUAAAAACUUUGUAGAGGAAUCUUUUUUGCUUACCAUGUUGACCAAUACACAAUUUGCACUUUACAAUUUUAUAUGCUGUGUGUAAAUGGUUUCAUACUGAAAUCAAUGAACAUUUUAGGUGACUGUCUGUCAUACAUACAAACAUUUGUCUUCAAUUUUUAUAACAUCCAACAGCUCUUUACAUGAAUGGCUAAAAUUGGCUGGCACUUUAGAGCAAUGCCAGUCUUGAAAACAAAGUAAACUGGAUGAUGGAUAAAUCUUAAACAUGCUUGUUUAAAACAUGCAUAGGAAAGAAUCUAGCAACUCUGUAUUUCAAUGUGAUUUACAAUCAAUCAACAUUAAACAUAUUUCUUUUUCUGUAUUUAUCCUGUUGGGUUUAUUAUCAUAACUUUGCAUAUGGACAUUAAGCAAUAGCAUAGAUCUGUUUAAAGAUUUGCAAGUCUGUUAAUUUUACGCAGACUAGAGCAGUUUAAAGAUUUGUUAGUUCAUUUUGCAUGUGUUUAAAGAUCUGUCAGUUCAUUUAGCAUAGGCAAUUUAAAGAUCUGUUUGAGAGGCCAUUUUGCAUAGAACUGUUUCAAUAUUUGAUAGUCAGCUCAUUUUGCACUGAACUGUUUAAAGAUAUGUUAGUCAGCUCAUUUUGCUUAAAGCAACUUAAAGAUCUGUCAGUCAGCUCAUUUUGCAUAGAACUGUUUAAAGAUCUGUUAUUCAACUCAUUUUGCAUAGAGCUGUUUAAAGAUCUGUUAGGCAGCUCAUUGUGCAUAGAGCUGUUUAAAAGAUGUUAGUCAGCUCAUUUUGCAUAGAACUGUUUAAAGAUCUGUUAUUCAACUCAUUUUGCAUAGAGCUGUUUAAAGAUGUUAUUCAACACAUUUUGCAUAGAGCUGUUUAAAGAUCUGUUAGUCAGCUCAUUGUGCAUAGAGCUGUUUAAAGAUCUGUUAGUCAGCUCAUUUUGCAUAGAACUGUUUAAAGAUCUGUUAGUCAGCUCAUUUUGCAUAGAACUGUUUAAAGAUCUGUUAGUCAGCUCAUUUUGCUUAGAGCAGUUGCAAAGAGCUGUUUAAAAAUUUGUGAAGUAUUGAAGCCAUAAAAAUAUUAAAAAUAGCAUAUAUCUCUUUUUUAGUCCAUGAUUGUAAAGUGUUAAACAAACUUUGUUUAAUUAUUUUUACAAAUGUUACCUAGCUGUGUCAAUGAACUUAUCCCUUCACCCAAUGAUGGAGGUAUUCAGAAAACUUUCUACUUUAAUGUUUAAUGAAUUUGAAUGGAUAAAUAUUAAAAAAUACAUGGAGUAAUAUAAAGAAUACAUAUGUUACAGAACCCUUGGGAAGCAGUACAAUAUGUUCAUAUCUCUUGUAACUGCAAAAAAAAUUUGAACUAUCUAAAUAAAACUUUUUAAGUUAAUGUAUGAACCAAUUAUUAAUUCAUAAUUUCUUUUGAUUGAACCUUGUCCUAAUACAGAAAUCUGAUACAGAACAAGAAAUAUAACUGUAGAUUUAUUAAUAUUCGUGGAUACCAAUUUUCGUAGAUUGAAGAAAAAUUGUAUAAAUUGGAUAUUGAAUUUCAUGGUUUUGUUAAAAUCUGCAUACAAGCUUAUGAAAAAUGUGUACUUUGUUGAACAUUAAAAUUCGAGAAUUACCAAUACCCACGAAUAUUAAUGAAUCCACAGUAGUAAUAAUUUCAGUGCAUAAUAUUAAUUCAUCAUAUCUGUUUCCCAUGCUCAAUUAAAAUCUGCUUAAAUUUUUUGCAAAAUUUUAGGAAAUAACAUGCAUCAUUCACCUGCACCAAAGCUGAAUAUAAUAUGUUAUUGUUACAGAAAUAGUAGUCUUGUCAGUGAUGAAUGUUGUAUAAACUGUUUAGACUAGUUAUGUUAACAUUAAAUAACUUAUUAAA